CAGACCGCGGCCACCGCGGCCCGCAGGGGGCGCUCCCCGCCCCGCCCCGGCGCAGCGGCAGGGCGCAGCGGCGGCGGCGCCACGCAGCGGUGCGAAGAUGAUCAUCCCAGUUAGGUGUUUCACCUGUGGCAAAAUAGUUGGAAACAAGUGGGAAGCCUACCUUGGCCUUCUGCAAGCGGAGUACACAGAAGGGGAUGCCCUGGAUGCCCUUGGCCUGAAGAGGUACUGCUGCCGCAGGAUGCUACUGGCCCAUGUGGAUCUGAUUGAGAAGCUCCUGAAUUAUGCUCCCUUGGAGAAAUGAGAGGAGGAAAAACCACUCUGCUGCAAGCCAGGUGGAACCUCUCUCAUUCUGAGCUUGGAGCUGGGCUGGAGGAUGGAAUGAUGGAAGCCACCUGUGCUGCAGCCAUUGAGAGAUGUUUGCCUUCUGGAGAGAACACCACCCCUGAAGCUCUGGGACUUCUUUGCAGGAAAGAAAGCAGAGCUAAAGUCCUUUUCACCAGCAUUUAGAGAUCAGAAGUUUGGAUGCUUCUUUUCAAACCUGUCUGCAGAGUUGCACUGUGACCUCUGCCAGCAAAACCAAAUGUUAGUUGAUGUAGGAAAAUUAGGAUAUUUCGUGUUGAAAUAAAGGAGUUCCUUCCCCAUA